GAGAAGGAAAUCGCUCGAGCCCCCAGCGCACGUGCAGUCGUUCCUUUUCUUGCUCCCACAGAGCCUCCGACGCUCCAAGUGCGCGCACGACCUAGUCGCCGCUUUCGGUCCGUCCACGUCUCUCCAACAACCGACGCCGAUGUCCGACUCCGACAACUCCGACACUGGGUUCCCACCUGCGGAGCCAACGGAACUGCAGUUCGCCGCCGGUGAAGGCGUCGAGGGCGUCGAAGCCGUGGUCUUGGACUUCGACUCGACCAUCACGUGUGAGGAGCCGGACAGCGAGCAGGGAUACGCGGACGCGCUCGCCGACCUGGUCGCCGAGGCGGCCCUGGAGCUCGGCAGCCCUCGCCGCCUGCUGGCCGACGAGCAGAGCGAUGACGACUCGCUCGACGACGACGACAUGAAGAUCGACGAGGAGCCGCCACACGCCGACGCCGAGGUGACCAUCCGGCGCCUCGAGGAGCUGGUGCAGCAGGGCGAGAGGAUGCUGGCGGACCUGCAGGCCACCAUGAUGGAGACGCUGGCCGCCGCUCGCCGGCCGCGGCUGUCGGCGUACCGUCGCUUCAUGUCCCGCCCGUCACAGUAGCGACGGCGGCGUGGCGCUGCUGACUCGCAGGAAACGUCCCUGCUCGUCUCUGUUUUCCCCAAUAAAAUAACCCUGUUGGUCUUC